GGGGGGAUCCCGGGGGCGACUGGGGGCUGCAUGAGGGAGAAAGCGGGGUCCCCAGCAGGUGGGGAGGGGGAGGUGCCUCUUCUCGGCUCGAAGCCGGCGCGAGGCAAAGGCGAGCGCUGGCGGCUGACACAUCUGCACGGACGCGGCGCAUCUGCCCGGAGGAGAACUGAGGCCGGGGUCGCCCCCAGCCGGCGCGCGCACGCCCAGCCCAGCUGCCGGCAGACACGCGCUCCGCCGCUGCCUCCGGCCGCCCCCUACGCCGCCGCCCCCGGCUCCCCAAGGGUCCCGCAUCCGGAAAGCGAGCCUGGCGGCCCGGUGCGACCCCCUGCACGCCCCAUGCCGGCCCUCCUGCCUGCAGACUCUGGCUCCAGCGCUGCCAGGCCGGGCGCUGGCCCGUCUAACGCCACGAGCGCGGAGUCCGCGGGCUCAAGGCCCGCCCUGCUGGAGUGGCACGGCGGCAGCCUGACCGGGCGCUGACGGGGUGGCGGCGCAGCAAGCCCGGGCGCCAACGCACGAGUGACCGCCCCGCGAUGAUGCAGCGGCGGCCCGGCGGCCUCCCGGCCGAGCCUCUGCCACGGCUACUACGAUGUCAUGGGCCAGUACGACGCCACCUUCAACUGCAGCAUGCCCACUCGCUUCUGCUGCGGUACCUGCCACUACCGCUUCUGCUGCGAGCAUCACACAUGCGCUCUGGCGCAGGCCUCCUGUGCCUCACCACGACACGCCGCCGCUACUAAGGCUCGCGGCCGCUGACAAAGGGGCGCUGGGGGUGCGGGGCGGGCUAGUCAGCCAGCCGGGUGGCUGGAAGGGGGCUGACGGGGUGCCGUGGGCCGCGGGGCGAGGGCCUCGGUGGCAGCACAGCUUCAUGUGUGCGGGUCAUCAGCUUCGCCCCUGGCCGUGGGUGUCGGCGCCAAAGUGGCUCUUCAGCAGCAUGGCCCCGUGUGCCCCGGCGCACCGGAGAUCAACGCCCAGGCCUCUGUGGACAUUCUGAGACAUCAGGCGCCUGGGACCCGCCCGGACCGGGCUCCGAGCAGCCCUGACCCCGGGAUCGGCGGUCCCGACAGCAUGCCCCCAGGACGCCCAAGAACCUCAUAACACUGCAGAAGACUCCCUAACCUUGACUGGCGAGCCUUGCCGCCGCCCAGCCCCUCCUUGCACUACUCCACGCUGUCCUGCUCUCGGUCCUUCCACAACCUCUCGCAUCUGCCCCCGUCCUACGAGGCUGCUGUGAAGUCCGAGUUGAACCGAUACUCCUCCCUCAAGAGACUGGCCGAGAAGGAUCUGGACGAGGCCUACCUGAAGCGCCGGCCCGUGGAGUUGCCCCGCGGCACGCUGCCCCUGCACGCGCUGCGGCGGCCGGGCACCGGGGGCGGCUACCGCAUGGAGGCCUGGGGCGGCCCCGAGGAGCUGGGCCUGGCGCCCGCGCCCAACCCCCGGAGGGUCAUGUCCCAGGAGCACCUGCUGGGCGAUGGCGGCCGUUCGCGCUACGAGUUCACGCUGCCGCGGGCACGCCUCGUGUCGCAGGAACACCUGCUGCUGUCCUCGCCCGAGGCCCUGCGCCAGAGUCGCGAGCACCUGCUGUCGCCCCCGCGCAGCCCCGCGCUGCCCCCCGACCCCACCGCCCGGGCCAGCCUGGCCGCCUCGCACUCCAACCUGCUGCUGGGGCCCGGGGGGCCCCCCACACCGCUGCGCGGGCUGCCGCCGCCGUCCAGCCUGCACGCCCACCACCACCACGCCCUGCACGGCUCGCCGCAGCCCGCCUGGAUGUCCGACGCCGGCGGGGGCGGCGGCACGCUGGCCCGCAGGCCGCCCUUCCAGCGCCAGGGCACGCUGGAGCAGCUGCAGUUCAUCCCGGGCCACCACCUGCCCCAGCACCUGCGCACGGCCAGCAAGAACGAGGUGACUGUCUGAGGCCAGGGCCGGGGCUGGGGGG